AUAUUGAUUGGAUAAUUUAUUAAAGGGACGAUACUCUUGUUAAAUUUCGGUCACGCCCAUUUUUUAAGAAGGAGGAAGGGAGUGAAAAUAAACAGUUCUGUUGAAUUUUUAUGACAUAAAUACUGGACAAUAGAAAAUGACCAUAACUUAUAGUUGUAUAUGUCGUGGAACGACUAUUUUAGUCAGUCAUCAGAUUGGCUCAGAAACAUACCAAGAUGUAGUUGAAUCGAUGUUACCAAAUAUUCCAUCUAGAAAUGAUGCCAAGACAACAUAUACUUCUAACAAUUAUGCAUUCCAUGUUUUAGUUGAUAAUGGCAUUUUAUUUAUUUGUGCUGCCGAACCAUCAUUUGGUAAACAAAAACCAUACACAUAUUUAGCAGAGAUAAAAAGAAGAUUUCAGAGUGGAUCUUUAGCUACCCGUGCAGUGACUGCUAGACCUAAUGAAUUUAAUAGGGAAUUUGAACAUGUCAUGGCAGAACAGAUGGAGAAGUGUUCUAAAGGUCAAGGUGGCCAGAUGUCUGUUUUACAGAGUCAAGUUGAUGAAGUUAAAGGUGUAAUGAGUCAAAAUAUAGAAAAAGUUUUGGAGAGAGGAGAAAGGCUUGAAGAUCUAAUAGAUAAAACAGAUGAAUUACAGAUGAAUUCAAUGGCAUUCCAAAAAACAUCCAAGAAAAUAGCCAAGAAAUAUUGGUGGAAAAAUACCAAAAUGACACUGAUAUUAGUUUGUGUUGGUUUGGUAGUGAUUUUGAUCAUUAUUAUUAUUAUAUUGUAUUCAACACACGUUUUACCACCAAAAUCUGGUUCUGAUUCGAAAGCUGUGACUACUGCCAGUCCUUAACUCACCUGAUACCUGUCUCAAUGUGGGUAAUAAUUCCCGGUACAAUUUGUGCUUUUACCAUCAAUUUAUCUGUAUUCAAAUUUCUAAGUUACUUUACUGCAGAACCAUCUACUUAUUAUUCAGUCAUAGUUAAGGUGAUUAAAUCACCAUUUAAUCACAUCUAAUUAGAAGAGUUACCAUUAACCUAGUUUAUGUUUUGGUUAGCUAAUUUUAUUUAUCCCAAUGUCUUCUAAAUCUCUCAUCUGUUAUAUGGUUAUAAUGAUCAAAAUCUGUAUAUCAAUAAUCUAUAUAUAUAUAUAUCACAUGGGUAUGGGUAUUUGUACAUUGUAUAUAUAUGUGUGUAUACUAAUUUCUAGUGCAUUAUUUGUUUACUAACAUAAUCUAGUUUGCAUAAAUAUGUGCUAAAUUUACAUUUUGUAUAAAGUAUUUGCCAUAAUGAUGAUGAUCAAAUUAUAUUCUUUUGAAGAUUGGCUUGCACAAUUAAUUUAUAUUCUGUUACGAAAACCCUAAAAAUUGACUGUCUCCAAUGUUUUAUGUUAUCAUGUUACUUUUGAUUUAGACACUGUUAACAGACAUAGUCGCUCAUUUAAUGUGGAUGUAUAUAUAUAUAUUGUCAUCUCCUGCAUCCUUUAUCGGUCAACGCCUAUUAAAAUAGUUCUUGACAGAUAUUGUUCAAAUUUGCAAAGUUAUUUCCCCCAUUUGCAUAAUUCAAACUUAUGAAAGUUCUUGAUAGGAUUGUCUGAGUUCAAAUUUUUUUGGAUCGUAAAAUGCUUAAGAAAUAAGUAAUAAUGUGAGAAUGCAUGUAAUUUAAUACAACACUUUAAACAAAAGCAGGUUAUCCCCCCACCCCUCCAAAAAAAAACAAACCCCCAACAAACUUUGCACAAAGUACAAAAAAGUAUUAAUGCUAAUAUGUAUGACCAGACCUAAUGGUAUUCAUCUCCUGGAAUUAGAAGAAGUUUUGAAUCAUGAUAAACAAGAUAUUUAGAAAAGAAUUAUAUAUUUUUUUAUAUACACUGCACUGGGCCUACUAAUUUAAUAUUUGGAUUUUAAGUUGAUAUUUCUUAUAUUAUUAUCUGUUUGAUUUGUUUCUUGAAGGUAUUGUUUUGUUAUUUUUAUAGAAUUGUUAUAUUAUUAAAUACAAUAUUAUUUGUUUUAAAUGGAAAUUUGGUGCUAAUAACUGUAAAUUUUUAAUGUGUUGAUACAUUGUCUAUUAAUGUGAACGAAUUCAUUCUGCUCAAAUUCUAGAUGAAAACUUUGAAUGUAUUAUCGUUUUUUUUAGAAAUAUAUUUUGCAAAAUUUUUUAUACUACGGCUCUGAGAUAAUGGAAUUAUGAAGGGGAUUUGGUUGUUGGAUACAUGUUUGUAUUUGCAAUAUUGUAUAUUUAUCGUUUUUGCUAAAACAUGACAAUAUCUCGGAAGUCAUUAUCAAUAAAAUUCUGCACCACA